AUGAACCCGGUCAAAAAGUUUCGGAGUGGGGUGCCGCAGGUCUUGCGAUUUCAGGUAUCUGCAUUCAUAGGGACGGCUGUUUUCUGGCUAUUAAACGAGGGUGCCGUGCAUGGUCUCACUAACAUAAUCAAGUGGGAGUUCAGGGCGAUUCCCCUGGUCACUGUGGCAUGGAUGUUAUCUUACUUCGUUUCGAUAUGGUUCCAGUUUGUUCUAAACAGCACCCUGGUGUAUGGUCCUUCAGACUCGUACUGGAAAGGUUUAUUUGCGUGCUACACGGGGUACACGACUGCGCUGCUGGCGUCCGUGCCAAUAAAUAUGGGUCUCGUGCAGUAUGUUGGUCUGGACUCGUCGCAAGCUUGGCUUGGAACGCUGACGAUGACAGGAAUAACAAAUUACUUCUUCGUCACGUGGUUGUGUGGCGGCACUGGCGAGGAGGACAUUCGAGGAUACGGAAAAGGUGAGUAG